UGUGCAACCUCGGCAGCGGCGGCGGUGACCCACAGUGAUUCGGCCGCCGCGCCGAGGGGUGGGGGGGCUGCGCGGGACUCUUUUCUUUCAGACUGACCGCGGGGCUGCUGGGGAGCAUGUCGACCCCGGCCCGGAGGAGGCUUAUGCGGGAUUUCAAGCGAUUGCAAGAGGACCCACCUGUGGGUGUCAGUGGCGCACCAUCUGAAAACAACAUCAUGCAGUGGAAUGCAGUUAUAUUUGGACCAGAAGGGACACCCUUUGAAGAUGGAUACUCACGGGUGGUCCACAAGCUCUUUAAGUUUCCUGAGACCUUUUCAGGGGUUUCCUGUGAUCAAAACUGUCUUCAUAGCAAUAGUACUUUUAAACUAGUAAUAGAAUUUUCUGAAGAAUAUCCAAAUAAACCGCCAACUGUUAGGUUUUUAUCCAAAAUGUUUCAUCCAAAUGUAUAUGCUGAUGGUAGCAUAUGUUUAGAUAUCCUUCAGAAUAGAUGGAGUCCAACAUACGACGUAUCUUCUAUCUUAACAUCAAUUCAGUCUCUGCUGGAUGAACCGAAUCCAAAUAGUCCAGCCAAUAGUCAGGCAGCACAGCUUUAUCAGGAAAACAAACGAGAAUAUGAGAAAAGAGUUUCGGCCAUUGUUGAACAAAGCUGGAAUGAUUCAUAAUAGACAACUGGUCUGUUAAUCUUUUUCAUCAUUGUUGUGUAUAAUUUACCUCUCAGUAGAAAGGCUAACAAAUUUUAAGUGCCACAGGUUUUAAGGAUUCUGCAGAAAAAAAGUCCUUCAGUUUAGAACCUACAAAAGCUUGUGUAUCUUGAUUAAUGUACUUUUUAUUGCAUGGUGUGAACUAAGUUAUUGCUUACAUAAAUUUGUAAUAUAUCCUGUUUGUAUUUUUUUCCAAGUGUAUAAUGUUGGUGUGGAGUUUUCAUGACAGAAUAUACACAUUUUGUAAAUCUGUACUUUUUUCAAAUAUUGAAUGCCUUAUUUUUGAAUUCUUUAGAUUUUUAAAUUGGAGAAAAGCACUUAAAGUUUUUUAUAUAUGAAUAUUACAUGUAAAGCUGUUAAAAUACAUACUUCAGUGCAAGAGACUUUGUCACUUAUUUCCUUAUCUAAGUAGGAGGGGUUAAUAAGUCUCUAGCUCUCUAUCAAUUGAUAGUUUCAUUUCCAGUUUCAAAAGAACAGAUUUAUAUUUUAUCAAGAAAUUCAGAUUUGAUUCUGAAUACCAAUUAUAAUCUCAAACUGUAUUUUAAAUGUACCUUUAUUAGUUUUAGUUGAGCAAGUAUAACUGGUUUGAUUCUGUCCAGCUCUGUAUUUAGGCCACUUAUUACUGUUUCUUCAUGCACUACUUACUGUUAAACUGCACCCUUUGAUUUCACAGUUUGCACCUCCACCAUGGGGUAUUGGCACCUCUACCUUGAGCAGAGAGCUUAUGCAACUUACUUUGCUGCUUGAUAACACUUUAAAAGAUUUUUGAUAAUGAAGAAAGUAAAACGAUCAACAUUUUAAAAAAAUCCAUGCCCUACAAUUAACAAUAUAAGAAUUUGUUGCAUUGGUUUGAACAAGGCAGAUAUUAGGAAGGAAUCUUAGUGUAAUUUAAAUAUUUGAAAACUGCCUUUUAAUGCAAUUGCCUAUCUGUUUAUUCUGGAAAAAUGUUUUAAUACCAGGGCCUGUUGAGUUGCCUUCUCUUGUGGAGAUUUUUUUUUUUUUUUAAUCUCCUAAAUUGUAUAAAAGCUGUACUGCAUCUUAGUUUAGUGGAUAAACUUAAAACACAGUAUUUGUAGAAAGCUUAAUUCAAGCUAUCCUAUGCCUUCAAAUAGUAUAGAAAAUGGAAAAUAUACAAGUAAAUUCUGUUGAACCACCUGUGUAGUCUUUCUAGUAGUUAAAACAGCUAUUUCAUUAACCCCAAAAGUUUCUUGUACAUUCAUACUAGCUUAGUUAGCUAGCAGCAUCUUUUCUGUUGGAAGAUGGAUUUUCUUUUCUACUGCAAGACUUAGAAGGGCAAUUUCUAUAGCUUCUAUUAAGCAGAGCUUAGGGAGGAGAAGUGCUAAUGUUUCCCUUUAAAAGUUAAUGCUUGGGAAAUCUGGGGAUAACUGUAUGAUCUCAGGGAACUUUUGAUACAAUUGAGAGUUCACUCACUGGAAUUAUGCCGCCCCACCAAAAAAAAGAUGUAUUUAAAGGUAGUUUUUCAUCAUAUCAAAUGUGUGAUACUUUUAUAUUCAGCUCUAAAACAAAUUAUAGUUUCUUGAGACAUUUAAUCCAGUGACUGACUCUUAGAUUAAAUAUGCAGUAGCUAUGAUAGUCUCCCCUCUUAAUAUAUUAAAUGCUAUUUGGAUAAUGCUUCAAAAUCUGUUUUCAUCCUGAACCUGUUUCCUUUCCCCUGUUUCAUUCUGUGCUUCCAGUGCAGGGGGUGCAGGUUCGGUUUCUGGUUAGGUCACUGAGGUCCCAC